AUGCCCGCAAUGCUAGAAGACCCCUCAUCCCACACAGUCCCACCCCAAGCACACAAAGAUGCACAGGCAUCAGGAACUCUAACGCCUCGCCGUGCAACGCUCCCAAAGUCCAACUCUGCACCUGUAACCCUUUAUCCAAUUACGAAGGGGCCCUCCAGCGUUCCGAAGGACCUAAUCAAGUUCUUGCAUGCGGAGUUCAGCGCUGAGAUCAAGCGCGGGGCUACGUAUCCUAUGGAACAGGUUAUGGGGCUGGAGCAGUUUGCGGAGUAUUGGUUUGGUACGUUUGCUGUUGUUGCUGUUUUGGAUGGUGACGAGGGUUUGGAUGAUGCAGGCGAUGGAUUGAGAGAGGGACGGGAGUGGGAGAAGGUGUGUUUGGGAACAUUUUAUAUUAAGCCGAACUAUCCUGGUCGUUGCUCCCAUAUCUGCAAUGCUGGGUUCUUGACUACUACCCUUGCUCGUGGGAAGGGUGUUGGAAUGACCAUGGGCGAGACAUACUUGGAACUUGCGCCGAAAUUGGGAUACAAGUACUCUGUGUUCAAUCUGGUGUUUGCGAAUAAUCCUGCUUCCAUUCGCAUCUGGGAGAAACUUGGAUUCAACGUCAUUGGACGAGUUCCUAAGGCUGCGCGAUUGGCCAACAGCGAGGAAUUAGUCGAUGCGUUGAUUUUUGGACGUGAGUUGGGUAAUUAG